AUGCCUCCAGCUGAUCUCUUAGGGGAAGAGAGACUAAGAAUUAGGUGGCAAGUUAGAUGGUCUUUCAAGACUAAAGCAUCGUGGACACGGCUAGCGAUCCCGGACAUCGGUAGGUGGCUGGGGAGAACAGUCCCGGAGGUGCCUCUAUCGUAUCACAUGACCCAGGCACUGACGGGCCAUGGUUGCUUCCAGUAUUACCUACAGCGGAUGGGUAGGGCUGGCAGCGCGUGCUGCCAUCACUGCAACAGUGACGCAGACACCGUUAACCAUACCCUUUUUGAGUGCCAGUAUUGGAGCGGUCUAAGGGAGGAUCUUGAAGGGCGCCUAGGCCACCUCCCAGCUGUCGAGGACAUGUCGGCCAUUCUCUGCGGCCCUGCCUUCGAGGACUUGCCGUUGGAUCACUCAGUGAGGGCCGAUGUUCUUUACAACGCGGAGGAGACGUUCAGGAUCUUUUACAAGAUGGUUGAAGAGAUCCUGACUCUCAAAGAAGAGGAAGAGAGGGCCAGACAGGCGGAUGAAGCCUAG